CCACGACAGGGUGGGCAUUUUUUUUAUACCGAGGGCAUCUCUUUCCAUCGGCAGCUGUUUAAAUAAAGCUCCCAAGGUACACUUCGUCAAGGUUCCUGAAGAGAAAGCUAAUAUUUAUGCAUAUGCGCUGCGGGUUCGGCUCGGUGCGGGGCUCUCGUCGAGCUGCUGCAUGGGACGCAAGCUGUUUGCUCUAUUUUAGUCCGCCACUCGCUUUUUUGCCUCCUCCUCCUCCUCCUCGUUCUCCCCCUCCUCCUCCUCCUCCUCCUCUCUGCCAGCGGUGCAGGCGCAGCUGGCUCUGACCCAGUAUUCGCACGCAUGCAGCCACACCGUUCAUGGACGCGGCGGCAGCCGAACGCACGCACAAGCACCGCUACGGAGCCUCGACAGUUCGAGUGGGGGUCCCUCCUGCCCUUCGUCGACUCGAUCGCCCCGCCGCCAAGUACUCAGUCAAACCAUUAGGGGCAUUUCCCGGGGGGGUGGGGAUCGGCGCACCUUUAAUCCCUUUCAGACUUCAUAGAGUCCGACGGUAAUUGUCAGAAGGAAAGAGACACUUGACGACGGCUUUACUCCGCGUUUAGCGUUCGACGAGCACAGAGAAAAAAGCCCUCCCUGCCGCCGAGGCCGAUGCUUCAAAGUUUGCUCUUAGAACAGCUUAUUAACAAUGGGCUGAAUUGAAAGGGUGAUUUGUCAAGGUGGGAUGCACUGACUAGCUGUAGCCAUUCACAAGGAGAGCUGCUGAGCAAGGAGCAACCCCUCUGUGAUUUCUGCUUCGUGCCCCGGUCGUGUGUGUGCAGACUCCACUGCUCUGAAAAGGCGAGAAGGGGAAAUAAAACAAAACGAAAUAAAGAAAAGGCAACGAAAGAUUACGAGAAAGAUAAAAAAAAAGCGAGAGAGAGAGAAAUCCCCAGUGCGGGGAGAGUGGAAGCGGCAGAACCAAGGACGGAGCUUCUUCUGCCGGCUGUCAUCGUGAUUUCAUACAUCUGCUGAUCCCCCCGGCGGGGCUCGACACCGCUCAGGCUCAUUCGUUCAGAGACUUGAUCUGCUCUCGCCGGGCUGAUUCCUCCUGCGGACACGGGAAUUAAACGCCGCGCUUCGAGGACCACCAUCACAUGUGGAUAUAAUUUUUUCUCCUGGCAUAAGUGGGCAUCUCCCUUAACAACAAAACACGUGCUGCUGGGAAGAACAAGGAGACAAGUGCACGUCGCCCUGGAUGUGUCCUAACUCACCAGAGGACAGAAGGAGCUCCUUCUCCCAGAGAGGUCGCUGCCUAUGGAGGUAGCAGAGAUCUGGAUUUCCCCUUUCUUUGUGGAUAUGCAGUAAUUUAAAGGAAAACUUUGGAAGAAGACAAUAACAGCAACACAGAUACGGGAUGGAGAGCAGAAGACGCCGAUGAUAGAGAAAUCCUUCAUCAUGAGUGAGGAAAAGCUCCUUCUGCCAAGUGAGCCCUAACAGAAUGGUAGACUGCAUCGGCAAAGUCAUGCUUCACACUGCUCUGUCAUGCUGGCAGCCAUUCCUAGGCUUGGCCCUGCUGGUCAUAUGUGUCAGCUCCGCCGUCGGAUGUCCGGCCCGCUGUGAAUGCUCGGCACAGAACAAGUCAGUCAUCUGCCACCGGAAGCGUCUGGUCGCCGUCCCAGAAGGCAUCCCCAUUGAGACCAAGAUCCUGGACCUGAGCAAGAACAAGCUGAAGAGCGUCAUCCCCGACGAGUUCGCCUCCUACCCGCAGCUGGAGGAGUUAGACCUGAGCGACAACAUCAUUGGGAAUGUCGAGCCGGGAUCAUUCAACUCGCUCUUCAACCUGCGCUCCCUGCGCCUAAAGAGCAACCGCAUCAAACUCAUCCCCCUGGGGGUCUUCUCCGGAUUGUCGAACCUGACGGGCCUGGACAUUAGCGAGAACAAGAUCGUGAUCUUGCUGGACUACAUGUUCCAGGACUUGCACAACCUCAAAUCCCUGGAAGUGGGGGACAACGACCUGGUGUACAUCUCCCACCGGGCAUUCAGUGGGCUGCAGAGCCUGGAACAGCUGACCUUGGAGAAGUGCAACCUGACCGCCGUGCCCACGGAAGCCCUGUCCCACCUCCAUAACCUGUCCCGGCUCCGUCUGCGCUUCCUCAGCAUCAACAGCCUGCACCCGUACGCCUUCAAGAAGCUCUUCCGCCUAAGGCACCUGGAGAUCGACAACUGGCCCAUGCUGGACGCCGUGCCCGCCAACAGCUUCUACAGCCUCAAUCUGAGCUCCCUGUCCAUCACCAACACCAACCUGUCCGCCGUGCCCUUUCUGGCCCUCAAGCACCUGACGUACCUCACGCACCUGAACCUCUCCUUCAACCCCAUCAGCAACAUCGAGGCGGACAUGUUCCAGGACCUGAGCCGCCUGCAGGAGCUGCACGUGGUGGGCGCCCAGCUCCUCAACAUCGAGCCGCAUGCCUUCCAGGGCCUGCGCGCCUUACGCGUGCUGAACGUCUCCCAGAACCUGCUGGACACCUUGGAAGAGAGCGCCUUUCAGUCCUCCGCCACGCUGGAGACCCUCUGCAUCGACAACAACCCCCUGGCGUGCGACUGCCGUCUUCUCUGGAUCCUCCAGAGGCGGCAGAUCCUCUGCCGGGGGGACACGCAGCCCAUGUGUGUGGUGCCGGAGAACAGCCGGGGGAAGCCAUUCCGGGAGUUCCACGACACCAUCCUGUCAUCUCAGUUUGUGUGCAAAAAGCCCAAAAUCCGGGAGAGGAAGAUGCAGCAGGUCUUCAUCGACGAGGGCCAGACGGCCCAACUCGUGUGCAAUGCCGACGGGGACCCCCUGCCAGUGAUUUUCUGGAUUACGCCGGGACGGAAGCUGGUGACGGUAAAGUCCAACGGGAGGGCGUCGGUUUUGGGGGACGGCACUUUAGAGAUCAAGUUCGCGCAGGUCCAGGACAGCGGCACCUACCUGUGCGUGGCCAGCAACGCCGCUGGGAACGAUACGUUCUCCGCUUCCCUGGCCGUAAAGGGCUUUGCCAGCGACAGGUCCCUUUACGCCAACAGGACCUCCAUGUAUAUCACCGACGCCAAUGCCACCAACACAAACGGGACCAACGUGUACAACAUGACCUUCGCUUUGGACCUCAAGACUAUUUUAGUGUCCACCGCCAUGGGCUGUUUCACGUUCCUAGGAGUCGUUCUUUUCUGUUUUUUGCUUCUGUUCGUGUGGAGUCGCGGGAAAGGGAAACACAAAAACAACAUCGAUAUCGAGUAUGUCCCCCGAAAGUCCAACGGGGCCGUGGCGGAAGGGGGCGACCAAGGAGGACCUCGUCGGUUUAACAUGAAAAUGAUUUAGGGGGGGUGCUCAGCUGGCAACACUCCUGAGUAAGGUGCACAGACUGAGCGCGUGCCGUAACCCGUGGAGGGGAGGAUCCCACCGCUGCCACCCAGAGGAGCCUCAGACAGACCUCCGUGCGCAACGCGGCCCUAGAAGGCCCAAAUCAGUCCGCGGCUCUGGGACGCUUUGUAUCGCCGGACAGUAAGGAUGAAUUUGUAGAAACAGACCGCAUUUGUUAAAAAAAAAAAAAGGAAAAAAUGAUCAAAUAAAACCAGUCAUCGAACCUAAAUGUCGAUUGAGCACUGCAGAGGCGUAACCAGGAAAACAGAAUGUCUUUUAUACUUCCUCUAAUCUUUUAAAGCAAUAUGGAGAUGAGGGAAUGUGCUUUCGAGGGGUUCAGAUUUGGCAGGGCAAUGUCGAGAAGAGGCAGCGGGCCCUACCUGGGAACGAGAAACCGAAAUCCGCGACCCCUUUGUGUAACGCUCAUCUGGGAACACCUGGCACCGGUCGAGAUGAUUCAUGAUAAUGUUUGCUCUCUUUCAAUAAUAAAAAAAAAAAAGGUCAUUGAAAACUGGAUUCGGGAGAUCGCCCCCCACAGGUCGAGAUCCUUUGGUUUUUUUUGGUUUAUUUUAGAAAACAAGAGACAGGCAGAAGGUUGCCGAAAAAAAAAGAAAGGAAGGAAACGAGGGAGAGCUGGAGGUCACGCUGAAAAAUAAAAGGACAGGUACGGACGCGACACCAGGUGUGGUUUUUCGAACUUGUGCUUUUAUUUUUCAGGGUGGAAUUCACUUUUUGUUGUAUUUAUUUAUUUAUUUAUUUUUAUAUAAACGGUACGUCUGUAAAACUUACAAAGGGAAUUACAGGCAAGGGAAAGUUAAAGGCCGCCAUCUCGUUCUUUUCUAAGCCAUUGUGAACCUGUUGUGACCGAUGCCUCUUUUAAAUGUUGACUUGAAGUGCUUUCCUCUC